AUGUUAAUACAAAAUGUCUUGAGAUGGAAACUUUUGUUCUCCUUGAGUCUGUCUUCAUGGACUACCCCUGCUUUCGCAGAAAAUGCAUCUGUGGAAUACUCUCCGUCAUCCCAGCUUAUUUGGAAAGAAGGUGCUGAGGGAGAGCAUCUGGAUACCACCACUUAUCUGAAAUUGUCUCUUAAAUAUGAACUUCAAAAGCGACUAUCACCAGAGGCUCGCAUUGUAUUGGAAGGGGACGAGGAUUUUUCCACCUUUGACGCACGUUAUACGAAUUAUAAGCGGCCAGCUUAUAUUAUUGCCGUCCAAGUGGCCCAAGAAAUGGAUGUCGUUGAAACUGUGAACUAUGCACGUUCCAGAGGAAUUCAAUUUGCAGCUCGAUCAGGAGGCCAUUCUUUGACUACAUCUCUUCGUCGUCUGAAGAAUUCUAUCGUCAUUGACAUGCGUAAUUUGAACAGCGUCAAAUACAACAAACAAACUCAACAAAUGACUGUUGGUGGCGGUAUAACAACUGGGGAAUUUGCGAACGCAACCUUUGCACAAGGGAUGGAAGUGACUGUGGGUUCGUGCCCGUGUACCGGCGUUCUUGGAAUUUCGCUCGGGGCAGGAAUCGGUAGACUUCAAGGAAAGUAUGGCUACCUGAAUGACAACAUGGUUUCCCUUCGUCUGCUCCUCGCAAAUGGAACGAUAGUUGUGGCUUCUGAAACAAGCAACCCGGAACUCUUUUGGGCUGUUCGCGGAGCGGGACACCAGUUUGGGAUUGCACUGGAGGCUACGUACCAGGUAUACCCGCAACUUAACGAUGGAAAGCACUUCAUUGUCGACUGGGAGUUUGAAUUGGAUCAAGUGGAGUCCAUCUUUGAAGCUGUUAACCACAUUUAUAGCUCAAUGCCUGCAGAGGUUGCUAUCUUCAUUAUUGGACGACGGCUUGGAAGAAGUGGGAAUCCGACAAUUAAUAUUAAUCUAGUAUAUUCGGGUGUCGAAGAGGAGGCAGAACCAUUUCUCAAACCUUUCGAUGCUUUGUCACCUAUCUGGAAGGAUUUUCAAACAACCACCUGGGAUGCAUUACCAUGGGCCACAUAUAAUGGGUUGAAUAACGUCCUCUGUACACCGGGGGGCUGGGCCAGGUUUCCCAUUAAAAACUUCUACGGGGCAAAUGUCAAGAAGUACGACAUUCCCACUAUGCGUGCUUUCUUUGAUGGCUGGCGAGACAUGAACCUCAAAUAUAGUGGUGAAGCGUCUUUCAGUGUUAUGUUUGAGACAUUUCCCCAACAGCGUGUCCGUGAGAUACCGGAUGAGACCACAGCUUAUCCAUGGCGCAAGGGUUCCGAUCAUUUUCUCAUGAUUGAGGGCGCUUACAAAGACACGACCCACGAAGAUGUAAUAGACGAAUGGUUAUCGAAACAGCAAGACGCUAUUAUCGGUACUUCGGGCUAUGGGCGUCUUCAGCAGUAUGUUAAUUACGGACAUGGCUCUAAGGAUCCUGCGGAAGCUUUGUACGGUUAUGAACCGUGGAGGCUGGAGAAACUUAGACGUUUGAAAAAGGUCUUCGAUCCUGAGGGGUGGUUCAAUGGAUAUCAGCCUUUUGUUGAAGGCAUUGAUCUGGACAUUAAAUGA